AUGGUCUGGCCGUGCGGAGCUCUGGAGGCGUUGAUCGCAGCUGCAUCGUGCUCUGCUGACCAUCGGCUCGCUGUGCAGCGUUUCCAGGUCUGCGUUGGGCGCGAUCAGCAAAGGCAAAGGCAGCGGAUGGGGAGGUCACGAAGCCGUUCUCCCAAGAGACGUCGGAGCAGGAGUAGAAGCCGUGAACGGAGGCGCAGCCGCAGCCGCAGCCCGCCGCCGCAGUCGGCGGACGAGCGCCACCGCUUCCUGGUCACGGACGAGGGCAGCAUCGCGGCGCAGAUGCAGCAGCAGCAGCUGGCGGCGCUGCAGCAGCAGCAGCUACAGAAGCAGCUGCUGGCGCAGCAGCUGAUGAUGGGUGGCGGCAUGGGGGCUCCGGGGCUGGCGAUGCCGCAGGCGGGCGGAGGCACCGGCGGCACGCAGGCGGAGACGGCGGCACGCAAGGCGCGCGAGAUCUACAUCGGCAACCUCGCCAUCGGCAUCAUCACGCCCGAGCUGCUGCGCGAGUUUUUCGACCAGGUGUUUGCACACCAGGUGGCCGACCCGGUGUCCUGUCCCCCCGUCACCAACGUCAACAUGGACACCACGGGCCGCUUUGCGUUUGUGGAGUUCCAGACGGAGGACAUGGCCACUAAGGCGCUGGAGAUGGACAAAGUGGAGCUGUGCGGUCGUGCCAUGAACAUCGGGCGGCCCAAGGGCUACGUGGCGGGGGCGCCGCAGCUGCCGUCGCUGCCCAAGGCGGCGGGCGCGGCGCCGAUGCCGGUGCCCGUGGCGGGGCAGCCCAGCACCCAGCUGCUGCUCAGCAACCUGCUGCCGGCGGGGCAGCUGCGGGGGGAGGAGGAGCGGCGCAUUCUGCAAGAGGAGGUGCACGAGGAGGCAGCCAAGCACGGCGCCGUGGCCGCGGUGGUGGUGCCGCCGCCCACGGCCUGGGUGCAGGACCUCAUGCCGGGGCGCUGCUACAUCAAGUACGAGACGGCGGAGGAUGCGCAGAAAGGCAAGGUUGUGUUUGAUGGGCGCACGCUGGACGGCAACACCAUCAAGGCCAUGUUUGUGCAGGAGGAGGAGUUCCAGCGGGCGGCGGCGGGGGAGUGGGUGUCCAAGCAGAGCGGCGUGGCCGGCAUCCCGCUGCCCGGCCUGUACACCAUCACACCCGUCACCAGCGGCAUCACGGGCCUGUCGGCGCUCAACCCCUCGCUCGCCUCGCUGGUGGCGACAAACCCCGGCAUUGCCGCGAUGAUGACUGCGGGCAUCAACGAUGACGAGGUGCCGUUUGAGGAGGGGUACGUCAAGCUGCGCGGCUUCCCUGCCACCGUCACCAAGGCAGACAUGGUGGCAUUCCUCAAGAGCUGCGGGCCGGAGCUGGCGGAGGACGACAUCCGGCUGGUGCAGAGCGCGGACGGCACGUCGCUGGGGGAGGCUUUCGUGCACUUCCGGGGGCCGCGCGCCAAGGUCCGCCUGGCGCUGGCCAAGGACCGGUCGGUCAUGCCGGCUGCACAAAGCCCCAUCGAGGUGCUGACGGCGGUUGGCGACGACCUCCAACGGCGGCUGCUGUCGGGGUGCCGGCUGGUCUAG